ACUUAGUGUAUUCAGAGAAAUCACGAGAAAAGUAUUUGAGUUUUUUGUAUAAUUAAUUAAAGAUUUCUCUUUCUCUAUACACAGCAUGCUUUUAUCAUAGCAGACAAUUUGUUUGUGUACUUUAAAUAAAUGUGCUUUGUGUUUAAUUGAAGUGAAUAGUAAUAAUAAUGGCUAACAAUCGGAUUCCUUCUGGGCCCAACACACCAGGUAGUCAACAGACACCUACACAACAGGGUAUUAAAAUAUUUAUCCAAAGGGACUAUUCUGAAGGUACUGCAGUGAAAUUCCAAACCAGAUUUCCUCCAGAACUCGAAGAUAGGAUAGAUAGACAAACAUUUGAAUACACAAUAGAGAGACUGAACGAACACUUUGAUAUGGCCGAGACGGCAGACUGCAGUACCUACUGUGAAGGAUGCCUCGCUUGUCUUACAGCAUACUUCAUUUAUAUAUGCACUGAGACGCAUUAUGAAAAGCAUCUUCGAAAAAUAUCAAAAUUCAUUGCAACACAGAAUGAAAGGGUCUACAAUCCGAGAGGAAUACACUUAACAGACCCAAUAUUAAGAGGUUUACGUGUGAUAGAGGUCACUAUUAUUGAUGUACCCAACUGUCAAAGCCCUACAGGUAAUUCAACAACACAGCUACGGCACACUUGACCACCGCAAGAAAACAGGGAGUUCUUUAUGUAACAGUCAAAGUAUUGGUUUUGAUGGUGCUUAUAAUAUGAGUGUGAAUUGAACUCAACUUGAGGGUAGUUUUGAAAAUUUGUUAUAGUCUCAUAUCUCAGUAUCUCAGUAAUUAAUAAUGAUAUACACAUUAGUUUUGUAGUGAGUUUAAUGGUAUACAAUUUUGUAAAUAAUAUAGAUGUAAAAAAUCUAAAACACAGACGUUUUUACACAUGGUUUUUUAUCAAUCUCACUUAUAUUUAAAUGAUAUGUCAGCACACACAUAGCUGAAAAAAUAAGUCGCUUAAAAUGUGUAUAAAAGUCUUAAAUUCAGUUAUAUUAUUAGUUACAUGCGAUUCCGUAAACUAAUAUGUUAUUUGUACAAAAGAGCUUAAUCACUGCCAAGUAUUAUCAAAAUCCGUUCCGUGAUUUUGCGUACAUACAUACACAUUCUGCCAAAUUUGGCGAUUAUAAUAAUAUUAUAAUUGUUUAUAGUAUCGUUAAAAACGUCAGAAACUGUUUUUCAGCUAUGACUGACAACAUCACAGCAUAUGCUGACUUCAGCGCUGAUUUUCAGUCUCACUUCCAUUCAGUCUUGAGUUCAAUUUACACCAAUCAUAAGCCCCUAAGUGGACAUGAAAGUGACAUUUGGUGUUUCGGUUGUACUUCUGUUAGUGCUAGCAUUUAAUACUUUUAGUUAAGAUUUAGUGAUUGUCUAACAAGCCAAUUAGCUCUAAUGCAAUGUGUCAUCUAUUGUGUAUAAUUUAUUGUGAUGAAAAAUUAUCAAGUGACGCAUUUUGCUCCUUUUGAUAAUGUAUACAUUUACAUACAAUACAGGCAAUUAAAUAGAAUAAUAUAAAAGCCCAGUAUUAUUUUACUAUUAUUACGGGAUUUUGUCUAAUAUGAUUAUUUUUUGGACUUAUUUUUCUUUUUUUUUACCUAAUACUUACGUUAAUUUUCAUUAUAGUUUAUAUUGUUUUUUCGAUUAUUUGUAAUAAAUACGAAAUUCAUUGAAUUACCUUGUUAUUUAGCAAAAUGCGUCAUUAUGGAAUGCCUUUUUCGAUUGGUUUAAAUAUUAGCUAAGGUAUAUUAAGUUGUAUUAUAUUUAUUAUCAAAACAAAUGUAUGGAGAACUCCCUUGCCAAAAUUAUCUUCCAUUUGAAUGGACAUUGUGUAUGAUCCGAUAAGUUAAAUAUUUUAAUCUUGGAAAAUUAUAAUUUAUAUUAUUGUAUAAAAAUGUAUGCAUGAUAAUAUUACUUAGGAGUAAUAAUGAUGGUUUAAACUGUUGUAACGACGUAUUGCGACGUUGUCGUGACGAUUUUUCAAUCGGUACGAUGAAAUAUCGUCUAGUGUAAGUAGCAUGAAUGAUACUUCGCUGCUAUUGGUGGAUUGUGUUUGGAAGUGUAACAUUAGUAAUUUGAUUGGUUAACGUAAAAAAAUAUGAUAUUAUGACCGUAAUAUAAUUGAAUAUAAACAAAUAGGUAAAAGUAAAAAGGAAGUACUGAUUACAAGAGAUUGUUUUAUUAUCGAAAGUUGUAAAAGCUUUGACGAUUUUUAUCCGUGUUAUAAAUAAUAGGAACAUACGAUUUCAUUGGUAAACGGACUUGACUAGAUUUGGGAGAGGAAUAGAUAUAUAUACUGACGUAACGGAAAAAACAUUAAAGUUAGAAUUCUAGAGAGAUAGACUAUUUGAGUCAUACUUAAGCGAUUUUUAUAGCAGGCCUUUUCACUUUGAUACUAAUUUAACUGAUUGUACGGAUGAUGCAACACGUAAAUUGCACUUGGGUUUGCUUAUAAGUUGCUAUGUUAAACAUGUAAGCCCUCGGGCCUAUUAAAAUCGUACUCCUUUAAACAUUGCCGUUUUAAAUGCGUAACACAAUCACAGCGUUACCAUGGUAACGGGCUUUGGUUUGAUUCAAAUUAUACUUUUUUUUAUUUUUAUAGUAGAAAUCUUACAUAGAUACCCACGGCCCCCGGGGAAGAGGUCGUGGGUUAUGUCGGAUUCCUACCGACUAAAACCCCACUGUGUUCCAUCGAGCCACAUAAGUGAAGGGGCCACGGGUACUUGUUAGAAUUCCACCGCGACCCCUCGGCGGAAUUCAAAUUAUACUGAUGGAACGAGUAUUGGUAAUUAAAAAUGCUUACUUAAAUUGUGUCUGAUUGUAUACGAUAUACAAGGACUUGUGACUAUCUGAGGUUUUAUAAUGGCACUGUUUACUUUGAACAGGAAAUAAAAAUGUCCUUGAAUGAUUGUUUUUAUAAUUUCGCGGGUGAUAUAAUAUAGAUUGCACUUGUGUUUGUUCACGUGUUUGCUUAAAAAUUACAAACCAGAUCUACAAGGUCUCGGGGCUUUAAAUUAUGAUUGAAAAAAAAAUACAUCAGCUUAAAACGUUAGACAAAAUUUAAUUAAGUUUUUUUUUCUAUUUUGACUCCUAAAUGACAUGGCGUUAGCAUGGCAACAAUUACGUUCAAAUAAGUUAAUUUAUUUACGUAUAUUGAUAUUUAAAUUUUAAUAGAUUCAUUGAUGAAACUUGACAAGCAGUAAGAACUUACGUUAGGUUUCAAUACAUAACUUUCAUUAAUGAAGACGCCUCUGAAAGCAUCGUUACUGAGUCGCUACCAUUCUGCACAUAUAAAUAAAGAAAUGACAAUGACAUUUAUACAGGAGCGAAACCUAAUGCGUUGAUUUUGGUUUGAGAUCCUAUAUUGAAACCGGCCGUUGGGAAACAAUAAAAAUAAGGUAUUGUCUUGUGUUCGAUUUUACGCGAGUAUGAAACAUUUAAAAUUUAAAGACUUUACGAAUUUUAAUCGCGAUUUAUUCAUUGUAUCAUUUAAAUAUAAAUAGUAUAAAAAUAUGAAUAAAUGACGUUGAAAAGAGUUUAAUUUUUGAAUAAUAAAGAGGUACAGGUACGAGUAGGUUCUCUUCGUAACUGAAUUCAUGGUAAAAGAGAUUUGCACAUUUUAAGAACUUUCGUGUUUUGUGUUAUUACUUAUUGAAUUAUGUACACAGUGUCUUAAUUGUAAUUCUAUUGUAUAAAUUAAAUAUAUUGUGAAUAUUGUUUA